AUGGCGGCUUGUUCCGGUAUUACCGCAAAAUUUUGGCACGAUGACUGGACGGGUCUUGGUCCCUUAAUCGACUUAACCGCCCCUCUUGGACCCCAAUUCACUGGUUUGUCUCUUGAUGUUGUGGUAAGAGACGUUGUUAUUGGUUAUACUUGGAGAUUCUCCACCUCUAGAAGCAAGAAUCAUAUCAUCAACAUGCUCAAAAACAUUCUACCAAACCCGGAGAACAUGAUUGAGAGUCAGCAUGAUGACUCUUAUCUUUGGAAGGCUGACCAUCAUGCUCCCUCAAACAUCUUCUCUGCUGCAAAGACUUGGUUAGCUCUCUAUACCUUUGCUGCCACAGUUCCUUGGAACAAAUCCGUCUGGUUUAAAGGUAACUUCCUGAAACAUGCCUUCAUUUCUUGGGUGGUGACGUGGAAUCGGCUUCAUACGCAUGACAAGUUGAGGAACUGA